AGUCACUCAUUAACGCUGCCCAUUCACGGCCAGGCCCUGUUCCCGCACCCCCGGCGAUUCAGAAAAUAUACAGUAAAAUAGAAAGAGAGGCUACCGAUCGCAAGCUCGGCCGCCCAUCAUGGCUGAGCAUAUCCACCGCCGCAACAAUGACCAUGAACUCGCCCGAAUCCAUGAUUGCCCUGUACAACAGCUCGACCCAAUCGCGGCCGGAGAGCGAGGGCGUUGCCACUGCAGAGUUCAUGCGCGAAAUCGGUCUCAAGUGUAUAGGUUUCAAUGGCAUCCCGCGCACAAUCAACAUGCUGAACGCAUUCCGCGCCUCUCUCCCCUCGUCGAUUGCCGCAUCACUCAACACCAAGCCCACGCGCUUCCCCGACGCCUCCAACAUUUCGCAAAUAAACGAGCGCGGCCGCGGCCUCUGGAACGCCAUCUACCGCCCUCUCGAGACAAAACUCGAGCUAAAGCUCGGUGAAGCGCACCCGGACCUGCCCGUUUUCAUUAUCAAUAACGAGUAUGGAGGUCUUUUUACGGAUCCCCCGCGCAAAGAGGGGGCGACCGUGGGGCGCAUCACCACGAGCUUGAUUGCCAUUACAUGUUUGCGCGCGCAGCAGGGCGUUGGGCCACAGGUACUUAGCCACGUUUUUGGGCUAAGGAAGGCGUGGGAGGAUGGGACAUGGAAGCAGGAGCCUGAGGCGGGUGAGGAGGAGGGAAUUCGGUGGCUGGUCAGUGACGAGGGGUGUACGUGGGUGCUGGAGAAGGUGGAUGAACUUGUCGAGGCGCUGGGAGGUGGACAGGGGAGUACCUUUGCGCCUAUCAAGGCGAAGCUAUGAGGCGAGGACGAACAUGUAGUUUGGAUUGGAAUUAUACCCGAAUAUUAUCGUGUGCAUAUUUGUAGCAUAGAUGUCAAAACGGAAAUUGCCAAGUCAC